UUAAACAAAUCGUUUGCAAGGCUGGUGACGUUUAAGGGAGCUCGAAAAGGCUUUAUAAAGUGCCAGCUUUUGGGGAAAGAGUCACAGAACACCUUUGAGUGUCGAAAACGAACGCAAGUGUGGAUUAUCUCAGAAACAUGAAAGUUAUUUUGGUGUUAGCCAUCCUGUCGCUGGGCCAAGCCGCAGAGUUGCCCCAAACCACGACGGGGAAGCCCCAGCAAACUGAGCUGCCCGUUCACAUCCAGAACAUGAUAACCAGCCACGUCAAUCAGGUGCUGCAGCACAUAAAGAACAAGCCACAGGUCCCGAGCACACUGACAGGGCCAGUGGAUUGGAGCGGGUGGAGUGGGAGUGGGAGUGGUAGUGGCGCGCCAGUGGUCAAACCCUAUCCAGAUCUCCUUCCACCACUGGCACACUCUGGUGAUGUCCUUGCCCCUGCCCCUGCCCACAUCCCAGAGGUUGCACCUGCGCUGCAAUCUGGCCUACAACAGGUGCAAACUGGCCAUCCACAGGUGAGGGUGAGGGUGACCAACCAUCAGGCCACCGGCACUCUGAUUCACCAGGGAAGGCCGGUGGUGCACAACAAGGUGGUGAUGCCGCCGGUGGAGCAAGUGGUGCACUCACCCAUCGAUGUGGCCGAAAAGCUAAACAAACUGCAACUGCAUGUGACGAAGGUGAUGCAGCAGGCGGAGAAACAUAUUCCAUUGGCCGUGAACCAAGCCAUUAAGCAAAAGCAGGAACAGCAGGCGCAGAAAGAAAAGGAGCAGCUCCAAAAGGAUAAGGAAAAUCAUAAGGAUCAGGUGCACUCCGAUACAACACCUCAUCCAAAUGCAGCCAAAACAGGUCGCUCGCUGGUAAUUCCCGACAAGGUAUCCAACAUAGUCAACCUAGUCCACGCCCACAUCCCCCAACUAAUUUCCCAGCACCGCGAGGAAAUGAAACUGGGAAAAUGUAAUUUCCAGUGUCCCAAAGCAGCGUUAUCCGUGUGCGCCAGCAAUGGCAAGUGUGUGGUCAAUUUUCCUGGCCAAUGCGAGCUGACUCAAUGGAACUGCUUCAACACCAAGAAUGUUUUCCACCAGGUGCACGAUGCCGAGUGCCAGAACACAAUCACGUGCUAUCAGAGGGAUAUGAUGUAAGCGAUUCGUUCUGGGAGACGAGGCAAUUCCACAAACGAAUUUACACAAUACUCCAAAACAAAUAUGAUUUUAUAAAGUAAAUUUCAAAAUAAACUUACUCAUAAAUAUUAAAAUACA